AUGACAAGCAAAGAUACAGGCGCCAGCGGCUCAUCAAGCACGCCUCCUCAGCCUUAUGAACAAGAGCUGCUGUUACCGAUAGCAAACGUGGGGCGAAUCAUGAAGAAAAUCUUGCCAGCCAAUGCUAAGAUAGCCAAAGAAGGGAAGGAAACAAUGCAAGAGUGCGUGUCUGAGUUCAUAAGCUUUGUGACAGGUGAGGCAUCCGAAAAGUGCAGGAAGGAGAGGCGAAAAACGGUCAAUGGGGACGACAUCGUCUGGGCUAUUGACAGACUUGGGUUCGACAAUUUUGGUCAUCCACUCAAGAGGUAUUUGGAUAGGUAUAGAGAGGUUGAAGGGGAUCAGAGAGCAAAUAUGAAUAUUGUUCAUGAUAGAGCUGGUUUUAACGAAGAAAAUGAAGAACAGUUUCAGUCGUAUGUUAGAAAUGCACAGCAGGAUAAGAGAUAUAAUAGUGAUAGGAAUACUGAUCAUCAAGGUGGAGCUUCACAGAGUUGA